AUGGCAUCUGACGUUGAGAUGGGAGAUGCCGGCCCUGACCAGCAUUCAGAUGAUCGCUCUCUACUAUCAACGCCCGUCAGUUCGGCAGCCUCGGAGUAUGAUGUUGAAGAAAUUCUGGCCGAGAGGAAAGUUCGCGGAAAAACAGAGUAUCUUAUCAAAUGGCUGGGAUACAUAGAGGAACGGUCUGACUGGGAGCCCGAGGAAAAUUUGAACUCGCCAGAGAUACUUGCCAGCUGGGCUCGGAAAAAGGCCGACAUCAAAGCAAAGAAAAAACCCCCUUUCGAUGUUAAAGGCCUUGAGGCAAGGAUCAAACAAAUCGCUGAGAAAACGAAGGAGCGCAAGAAAGUUCGGCAAGCUCGCCGGAUUGAAAGGAAUAUGAGACUAAAAAGCAUCAUCAUAUUCUCUGAUGACGAGAACUCAAAUCACAGUGCGCUGGAGCCGCAAGGCGGCGGAGAUGGCGAUGAUAUUGAUGACUUGUUUGUUGUCACCAGCAUCAACAAUUCAGAAGAUUUAUCUAGCCAGUCCCAAACCAAAGGUCUCAAUACUACUUCCACCACCUUGGAUCAUCCCACCACUGGAACGGCCGAAGCUCCCAUUAAGCUUACUCAAGCCGCAACCACCGAAUCAAAAUCUCCUCUCGGUGCUACUCGAGCCUCUCCGGGACGUAUACAAGCUACCGCCGGGGCUUCUCAAACUCCCACCCAUUCUACCCAGGAUCUCCAAGGUAGGCCGAAAGCUUCCCUCGGUGUCCAAGAAACCAUUCAACCUGCGGCCGAUAUUUCUCAAUCUCUUCAAAGCUCCACGCAGCCCACCAACCCUCCCAAUCCCAAGUCUAAAACAUCGCAAGGGGCUGCUCGCAGGACCUCAACUUCGACGAAAUCAUCGUCGAAUGGGAUAACAAGGUUCCAAGCCCAUCCUCCAUCCAACCUUCCUGGGUUCGGAAAUGCGAGUCUCGCCCCUGCUGCCAAAAACACGGCUCGUCAUGUCAAUACUAAAUGGUUUGGGCGGGGGUCAAAAUGGGGAAGAGAUCAAGCUCCAGAUGCAAGCGAGCUACAACUUUUGAAGCCAUCCGAAUUCAGCCCAUUGAAGAAUCCACAAGGAAACAUCCCUCCAAUAACCACACAGAUCACGAGUGAACAGUCAAGUGGAGUGGGAAAUAUGACUUCGGGAAAUCCUAGCCCUUCAAGGACACGCCCCACCGAGUCACAUCAGUUCCCUAAGGACCAACCUACGACGGAUAACCCCAAGUCCACUUCUUCGUCACAUUCAGACCAACCCCUACAGUAUCCCAGAGCCAUGGAUCCGGAUAUCGAAGUUCCUCGUCUUUCUGACCAGGUAGUCGGUCGCGAUUUCUCUUCUCGGCUCAGCAAUCCUUCACGCCCUGUUUCUGAUAAAUAUAGACCUCUUGGGCGAUCAACUGCAAGGCGAUCAAUAAAGGGCUCAAAUCGGCCAUUUGAAGCUGGCCCGUUGGAAACCCAACCACCGCGAGACUCUUAUCGGCCAUCAAAUGACCUGUGGCCUCUCCAGGGCCCGAAUCGAUCACGGGGGUAUCACAAUCGAUCCUCAUCCCCUCCAUCAUCGCCAUCCCAAAAUGCGUCAGCACUAGCUCUUGACUUCCGCCGCCACUCAAUGAUUUCUAGAAUCCCCACCUCGGGGGCUCACACCAAAUCAAAUCCGAUUAAUUCCAGAUAUAGGUCCUCGCCAACUGCAGUUAUACCGGUUCAUGCGCUCAAUAAAACUGAAACCCUCGAAGAAGAAAUAUUGCGAAUGCCAGUCGGCAUACCGACCCAAGAUUCAAUUGGUCUAUGGCUGCGUCCUUUCGGUCACUUCUGGAAUCCAGGAGAGGUCUAUGCACACGUGUUCUAUGGGCCUGACAAGAUACCUGUCGGUGCAGUCAGAGUAUGCGGCAUGUCUUUUGAGGUAAAGAGGGAACUCCUCAGUUCCAAGGCGGGAAAGAGCAAUCGGUUUGAAAUGUGGUUCAAGGAUCUAUGCAAUGGGGAUCAAUACGCCGAACUAUGUCAAAGGGCUUCAAGAAAUUCUGCCUUCGGCAACUGUUGGAUGGAAGGUUUUCAGGAUACCAACCCCCAACUCCUUCGCAUGGCUCAUCAUCUACGUCGGAAAAAUGUCAUGGCCAUUUUUUACCCUCAAGAUCCCAAGGGAGAUGUUUGGCUUGCGUUCUCUCGCGCGUCUCCCGACUACAGCUUUCUCGAUCUCGAGUCGGAUUCUAAAAGGGUUCCAAGUGGCACACCUCUUCUCUUGUCUGUGCGUGCGGCGUUACCUCCAUUGUCUUCACUGCCAGUCUUUGAAGAUACGCCGAGCGAUAUGGGUGCGCUCAUUUCUGAUGAUCCUUUCGCUGGAAUCGAGGAAGCCACCAAUUCUACGCCUCAUAUUCAACCAGGCGCAGCUCUACCCCAAGGUCAUGAAAUCGGUGCCAUGGAUGCUUCUAUGUUGACCGACCAAGCGAAAGAAGGAAUUGUCAAAAGCUUCUUUGCAUCCAUCCUCAAAACCAGCAUUAGUGACUUGAACAGGCUAAGCGAUUCUUCGAUAGCGGAGAAUUUCUUUCUUUCCUUUCCUCCGGAAGAGGAAGAAGAAUUUCAGAUCAUGCACAGAUGGCUGUCCUUGAAUAAUAUGACCGUCUACUCUAAUCGAGACAAGAAUGGCUGGUCUAGGUUUAUGGACAAUAGCAAACGUGGCGUUGUCGUUUUUCAUGAGUCUUUCUCCGAAAUCCACUCGCAAUGCCCAGGAAUUAGCAAAAUCAUGAUGGGCGAAGUUUCCAACUUCUGGAGUGUCCGUCUGUAUCAGAAACUUGAGUGGGCGGACCCUCAUGGCCUUUGCACAAAUGACCAUUUCCAACCCCUCUUCCCCAAAGGGGGCUUGAUCCUACUUGCGGAGGACAUCUUCCAAGAUCUGAGAAAAAUUAAUAUUCUGGCAGAAAACGACGAGGAAAUCAAAUUUUUGUUAUCCAUUAUCGUCUCAAUCAAGAAAAUCAAUUCGAUUGACGACUAUUUUCAGGAAGAAAGCCUACGAGCCAGCCAGAUUCAUGAACCGAACAGCAACGUUGUUUCUCUUUCCGUGGCGGGUUAUGGUUCCCGCUCUGAGGAUGACUGCCCGGUGGUCCUGAAGGGCCUCUCACAGCAAGAGCGAGAUAUGGACCAUGUAGCCGAAGCGUUUGCAGGCUGGGCACUGACGAAGUCAGCGUGUUUUCGAAGAAUGAUCAUUAUUUCAUCUGUUCAAUCAAACCCUCUACGAGACCGCUGGCGAAGUUGGAGCCAUAUCAUUCUCAUGGAUUCUGAUGAUUUUUUUGCAAAAUUCAAAGUUCGCGAGAAUGUGAUCAUGGAAAACCUUCUUAAAGAAAGGCGAUCAAACCAAGCCGUCAAUUCCCCUGCAGAAAUCACUCCAGGUACCCCAGCAACCCCAGCAGAUCCUCCAGUCGGUGAUCCUCCAGUCGGUGCCGAUCCGAGCGACCCCUGGAAGUGGCCCUCUGAAUUUCGCCAAUCCGGCUCAUACAGAUAA